AUGAUCCAAAUGUUUCUUAGGGGUUUUAGGAACUUAAGAAUGAAAUUGCAAGUGUUGAUAAUAAUUUUACCAAUCCUCGCAUUAACUAUGUUGUUGGUUGGGUUAACUAGCUAUUUAUAAUCUACAGUAAUUUUUAAUUUACUUGAAAACUAAUCAAACCAUCUAUUGAUGUAUUAAGAAUAUAAAGCACUGUCCCAAGUAGCAUUGGAAUUGCAAACAUAUAUCGGAUAUAAGCAUAAAUUUUGUAAAAAUUCUUUUAAUUAUUAGAUAUCUCCAGAUUAGGUCACUUAAAUAAGAUAUUCAGCUUUAUUUAAUAAAAAGGGAGAGAUUCAAGCAUGAAUCAUUUAUAAAGUUGUUUAAAACUAGAGGAAAUAUAAACUAAUUUUAUAUAGUUUGAUGCGCCAUAAUUUUGUUAUUUUGCUUGUGGAUCCGAUGAUAAAAUAACAUUGCCUUAAGAAAAUCAAUUGCUAAAGAUUUUUAAUCAAACAACUUAAUUGAUUAAUUAGUUUACAAUUGCUUUGGAUGCAACAGAAAACUCAUUAAUUGCAAUGGUAGAUUUUUCGGAUACUAUCUAUUUUGCUGCCUAUCCUCAUAUUUAUUUAAAUUUGUAAUACAACCCUAUAAAACGACCUUGGUAAUUAUCAUCCUAACAAUAGGUAUAUAAGUCACAUGAAUGGAUUGAAAACUUAACCUGAAAAAAACUACUUUUUCUCCCCAAUAUUUACGAAUUACGUCAAAAAUAUUUACUAGAUGUCUAUUACGUAUUCUAUAUCUGGGACUUCGACUUCAAAUAUUGGCAUANAAUUAUUCCUGAUUCUAUAUCUCAUUUUGCCAAUUUUUUUUAUUUCUAGCCGAUUAAAUUAUUAUUUCUUCAAAUUAUAAGUUUUGAAUAUAAAUUACAGAAAUAUAAUAUAAUAAUUAAAAUAAUUAAUAAAUAUUAUAUUAUCGAAAUUGAUACACAUUUAAAGGAACUUCAUUAAUUCCAAGUCGGGUAAUAACGAAUUGAUAAUCUAUAGGAUACCGAAUUCUUGUUGAUUUAUAUGAAUUUGAAAUCUUUUAAUUCAGAAAACAAUUUGAGCCAUUUAAACUAUAUAUUUCUAUUCAAUUUAAUUUGUUAUUUUUUUAUUAAUGCUCAUCAUUUAUUAAAGUGAAAUUAAUUAGCUUGCAAUCCUUCCAAUUAAAAAUUAUGAUUAUGUUACCCAAAAUAGAUUAAACUUACAUUUCAAGUUAACAGAAAUCUAUAUUUACAUUUUUUUAUAAGACAAUUAUAUAAAGUUUUUAUUUAUUCUUUCGCCUUAAUAAUUAAAUCCAUGAUCCAAAUGUUUCUUAGGGGUUUUAGGAACUUAAGAAUGAAAUUGCAAGUGUUGAUAAUAAUUUUACCAAUCCUCGCAUUAACUAUGUUGUUGGUUGGGUUAACUAGCUAUUUAUAAUCUACAGUAAUUUUUAAUUUACUUGAAAACUAAUCAAACCAUCUAUUGAUGUAUUAAGAAUAUAAAGCACUGUCCCAAGUAGCAUUGGAAUUGCAAACAUAUAUCGGAUAUAAGCAUAAAUUUUGUAAAAAUUCUUUUAAUUAUUAGAUAUCUCCAGAUUAGGUCACUUAAAUAAGAUAUUCAGCUUUAUUUAAUAAAAAGGGAGAGAUUCAAGCAUGAAUCAUUUAUAAAGUUGUUUAAAACUAGAGGAAAUAUAAACUAAUUUUAUAUAGUUUGAUGCGCCAUAAUUUUGUUAUUUUGCUUGUGGAUCCGAUGAUAAAAUAACAUUGCCUUAAGAAAAUCAAUUGCUAAAGAUUUUUAAUCAAACAACUUAAUUGAUUAAUUAGUUUACAAUUGCUUUGGAUGCAACAGAAAACUCAUUAAUUGCAAUGGUAGAUUUUUCGGAUACUAUCUAUUUUGCUGCCUAUCCUCAUAUUUAUUUAAAUUUGUAAUACAACCCUAUAAAACGACCUUGGUAAUUAUCAUCCUAACAAUAGGUAUAUAAGUCACAUGAAUGGAUUGAAAACUUAACCUGAAAAAAACUACUUUUUCUCCCCAAUAUUUACGAAUUACGUCAAAAAUAUUUACUAGAUGUCUAUUACGUAUUCUAUAUCUGGGACUUCGACUUCAAAUAUUGGCAUACUUAUGUAAAAUAUCGAAUUAAAUGAUACAAAUAUUAAAGAAACCCCUUAUAACAUUAUUGUAUCUAAUGAGAAUGGGGAGGUUGUACUAUAAGGAAUAGAAUCAAUCAAAAAAAUGGUAUAUUGAUUGCUUUAAGAUUUUAGAUCUAUAUUAAGGAUGAUGUUUUGUUUAUCAAUGAUACAAACCAAACUGGUUUCAAUGAUUCGGAUUGGCAAUAAAUUAAAAAAGUAGCUUCUGGAGAGGAAAUUGAGAAUAGAUGUAAUGCUUAUAAUGCCAAUGCAUUCUGUUUAUAUAACAAAUACUUUGAAUAAUUCGUUUUAGUGAAUGUAACUAGAAUUAAGGAGGGGAGCUUUUAUUUGAUAAUGUAAUAGUAGCUUAAAUAAUUAGAUAUUCCAAUAUCACUUCCCAAACCAUAUUAAACUAACAGUUAGCAACUAUAAAUUAGAAUUUAUAAUCGUAACUAUAGUAGAGUCAAUAUAUCAUUUUCUUUUCAGGAAUCUCUUUAUUGGUUUUAUCUAUUUUAAUCAUCCAUUAAAUGUUCCUCCCUUUAACAGAUCUUAUGAGAACACUUUUCUUUUAUAUUAAGUCCACAGGAAACAAUAUUAAUAAGGAAAUUUUUUAAUUGUUGAAUACUCAAAAGAAGAAAAGAAAGAAUAAUGUAUUUUCAGAUUUGAUGCAAUAAUUUUUGAAGUUUGAAGCCAAACUAAAUGGCAGUCAAUAGAACAAAAAUAAAGAGUGUUUAUACUUUGAAUAAAUAGAAUAUUAAAAAUAACCAUAAAGUGAGCUUAUUAGUCCUUUAAAUCUUAGUUUAAAUAAUAUCACAAAUGAUUAUUUGACUAUGUGCAAGAUUAAAAAUAUAUUUGAUUUAUUAAAACUUAAAUUAUUUAAUUUCUGA